AUGGCUCCUGCAAAGAAGUGUGGUGAGAAGAGGAAGGGCCAUUCUGCCAUGAACGAUGCAGUGACCAGAGAAUAUGCCACUGACAUUCACGAAUGCAUCUGUGGAGUGGGUUGCAAGAGGCGUGCCCCUCAGGCACACAGAGAGAUCGAGAAAUUUGCCACGAAAGAGAUGGGGACUCCAGAUGUGCGCAGUGACACCAGGCUCAGCAAAGCUGUCUGGGCCAAGGGAAUAAGGAAUGCUCCAUACUGUACUCGUGCGCAGUUGUCCAGAAAACAUAACAAGGGUAAAGUUUCAUCAAGUAAGCUUCAUCGGCUGGUUACUCAGGUGCCUUUCAAAAGUCUACGGACAGUUCAUAUUGAUGAGGACUAA